AUGGGGAGUGGAGCGAGCGCUGAAGAUAAAGAACUGGCCAAAAGGUCCAAGGAGUUGGAGAAGAAACUCCAGGAAGAUGCAGACAAGGAGGCAAAGACGGUCAAACUGCUGCUGUUAGGUGCCGGGGAGUCAGGCAAGAGCACAAUCGUCAAACAGAUGAAGAUUAUCCACCAAGAUGGUUACACGCAAGAAGAGUGCCUGGAAUUCAAGUCCAUCAUCUACGGCAACGUGCUGCAGUCAAUCCUGGCCAUCAUCCGAGCGAUGUCCACGCUGCGGAUAGAUUACGCCGAACCAGGACGAGGGGAUGAUGGGCGGCAGCUGUGCAACUUGGCAGAUUCCAUCGAGGAGGGCACCAUGCCCCCAGAGCUAGUGGACUGUAUAAAAAAGCUGUGGAAAGAUGCGGGAGUCCAGGCCUGUUUUGACAGAGCAGCUGAGUACCAGCUCAACGACUCCGCUUCCUACUACCUGAACCAGCUGGAUCGGAUCACAGCCCCCGAUUACCUCCCCAACGAACAGGAUGUACUACGAUCUCGAGUGAAGACCACAGGGAUCAUAGAGACCAAGUUCGCUGUCAAAGAUCUUAACUUCAGGAUGUUUGACGUGGGAGGACAGCGGUCAGAGCGCAAAAAGUGGAUCCACUGCUUCGAAGGCGUGACCUGCAUUAUCUUCUGCGGAGCCCUCAGCGCCUAUGACAUGGUGCUAGUAGAGGAUGAUGAAGUGAACCGCAUGCAUGAGUCCCUGCAUCUGUUCAACAGUAUAUGCAACCACAAGUUCUUUGCUGCCACCUCCAUUAUUCUGUUCCUCAACAAGAAGGACCUCUUUGAGGAAAAGAUCAAGAAAGUCCACCUCAGCAUUUGCUUCCCAGAUUACGAUGGUCCCAAUACAUUUGAAGAUGCAGGAAAUUACAUCAAGAAUCAGUUCCUUGAUCUCAACAUGCGAAAAGAUGUGAAAGAAAUCUACAGUCAUAUGACCUGUGCCACAGACACACAGAACGUUAAAUUUGUGUUCGACGCAGUCACGGAUGUCAUCAUCAAAGAGAACCUCAAGGACUGUGGUCUCUUCUAG